AUGGAUUUAGUCAUCACCAAUCAUGGCACUCACAAUAUAGCUCUACUUGUCGGGCAUGGCAACGGUACUUUUGCAAGCCCAAAACUGUAUUCAACUGGAUCGUCUUCAUCAAUCUCCAUUGCCAUAGGUGAUUUAAACAGCGACAAUCGUUCAGACAUUGUCAUCAUCAAUAAUGAUACGUUCACCAUAGGUAUCAAACUUGGUUAUGAUGAGUUUUUUCCCAUUCAAACGCCAUAUGCAACUGGUGGCACUGCGCCACGCUCGAUAGCUCUUGGUGAUUUUAAUAAUGAUAACCGAUUAGAUGCUGUCGUUGCUAAUAGGGAUAGCAACACCAUAAGUGUCUUUAUCGGAUAUGGCGAUGGCUCUCUUGCAAGUCAAACGACAUAUUCAACUGGCUCUUGGCCUGUCUCUGUAGCUGUUGGUGACUUUAACAACGACAACCAUCUGGAUAUCGUCGUUGCUAAUCGCAAUGGCAAAACUGUAAGUGUUUUUCUCGGAUAUGGAAAUGGCUCUUUUGCAAAUCAAACGAAAUAUUCAACGGGCUCUGUCCCAACAGCUGUAGCUGUUGGUAACUUUAACAACGACACCCAUCUGGAUAUCGUCGUCGCUAAUGCUGGUGGCAACACUGUAGGUGUACUUCUAGGAUAUAGUAAUGGCUCUUUUGCAAAUCAAACGACAUAUUCAACUGGUAAUUGGCCCGAGUCUAUAGCUCUUGGCGAUUUUAAUAAUGACGCCCAACUGGAUAUCGUCGUUGCUAAUUUUGGUGACAACACUGUAAGCAUCCUUCUCGGAUAUGGCAAUGGCUCUUUUGCAAAUCAAACGGCAUAUUCAACGGGCUCUGUCCCAGUAGCUGUAGCUGUUGGUGAUUUUAAUAAUGACAGCCAACUGGAUAUCGUCGUUGUUAAUCAGAAUGACAGCACUGUAAGUGUCCUUCUUGGAUAUGGAAAUGGCUCUUUUGCAAAUCAAACGAUAUAUUCAACUGGCUCUAGACCAAAAUCUGUAGCUGUUGGUGAUUUUAACAACGACAUCCAACUGGAUAUCGUCGUUGCUAAUUUUGCUGACAACACUGUAAGUGUACUUCUAGGAAAUAGCAAUGGCUCUUUUGCAAGUCAAACGACAUAUUCAACUGGCUCUAGCCCACAUGCUGUAGCUGUUGGUGAUUUUAACAACGACACGCGACCGGAUAUUGUCGUCGCUAAUUUUAAUGACAAAACUGUAGGUGUACUACUUCGGUAUGACAGAGGAGCUCUGGAAGAUAAAAUCACAUUUGCGCCUACCUAUGGUUCUCGUUUGCGAAACGUUGCCCUUUUUGAUUUCAAUAACGAUAGCCUAUUGGAUAUCGUUGUUGUCAAUUAUGGUACUAAUAACAUAGGUGUCCUUCUUGGACAUGGGAAUGGCACUUUUGGAAAUCAAAUGGUGCUCUCAACAGGCUUAAAUUCUCACCCUUACUCCAUCACUAUCCAUGAUUUCAAUAGAGACGGUCAAGCAGAUAUAGCCGUGGCCAAUUAUGGUACUAAAAGUCUUGUUACGUUUCUUGGAAGUGGAAAUGGAACAUUUGAAAAUCAAGGACGUUACGGUAUAAAUUUUGGUUUUGCUCCACUGAUGAUUGGUGCUGGUAGUUUCAACAAAGAUGGGCGUUCAGAAAUUUUCGUUGCAUAUGAUGACAUCGAUUAUGUAGAUGUGCUGGUUACAUACGACAUCGGAUCUUUCAGUCAUGACAAUAAAUAUUCAACUGGCAACUGGCCCCGAUCUGUAGCUCUUGGCGAUUUUAAUAAUGAUACCCAACUGGAUAUCGUCAUCGCUAAUCGGUACGACAACACUGUAAGUAUCCUUCUCGGAUAUGGAAAUGGUUCUUUCACUAAUCAAACGACAUACUCAACGGUCUCUCAGCCAUGGUCUGUAGCUGUUGGCGAUUUUAACAACGACACCAAUCUGGAUAUCGUCGUCGCUAAUAGACAUGACAACAGUAUAAGUGUAUUUUUCGGAUAUGGUAAUGGCUCUUUUACAAAUCAAACGAAAUAUUCAGCUGGCUCUGGCGAAUUAUCUGUAGCUAUUGGUGACCUUAACAACGACGCUCGACUGGAUAUCGUCGUCGCUAAUGAUGACAACACUGUAAGUGUCCUUCUCGGAUAUGGCAAUGGCUCUUUUGCAAAUCAAACGAAAUAUUCAACAGGGUAUGAACCAUGGCCUGUAACUAUUGGUGAUUUUAAUAACGAUACUCGAUUGGAUAUCGUCGUUGCUAAUUUUGGUGACAACACUAUAAGCAUCCUUUUCGGAUAUGGCAAUGGCUCUUUUGCAAAUCAAACGACAUAUUCAACUGGUGCUGCGCCAAAGUCUGUAGCUAUUGGUGAUUUUAAUAAGGACAGCCAACUGGAUAUCGUCGUUGUUAAUCAGAAAGACAACACUGUAAGUGUCCUUCUUGGAUAUGGCAAUGGUUCUUUCACGAAUCAAACGAUAUAUUCAACUGGCUCUGGACCAAGCUCUGUAGCUGUUGGUGAUUUUAACAACGACACCUUAUUGGAUAUCGUUGUCACUAAUUGGAAUGACAACACUAUGAGUGUCCUUCUUGGAUAUGGCAAUGGUGUUUUUACAAAUCAAAUGACCUAUGUAACUGGCACUAGUCCUUCAUCUGUAGCUGUUGGCGAUUUUAAUCGUGACAACCGACUGGAUAUCAUUGUGGCCAAUGGUGUUGGGGAAAGUGCCAGUGUAUAUCUGGGAUAUCCUAAUGAAGGUUUUCUAAAACAAAUAAGACUCAUAACUGAGAAUGGAUCUCACCCUAAGUCAUUCGCCACUGGGGAUUUUAACAAUGACAGUCAAACAGAUAUUGCAAUUGUGAAUUCAGGCACUAACAAAAUCGGUAUUUUUCUGAGAUAUGAUAAUGGUUCUUUCGCAAAUCAAAUGACAUAUUCAACUGGUUCUUCUCCAUGGUCGGUAGCUGUUGGUGAUUUCAACCACAAUACCCUACUUGAUAUUGUCGUCGCGAAUCGUGGCAGUGACAAUGUUGGUAUAUUUCUUGGAUGGGGUAAUGGUUCGUUUUCAAACCAGAAAACGUUUACGACCGGUUUAAACUCUCAACCAAACGCAGUUGCUGUUGGAGAUCUCAACAACGACACCUGGGUAGACAUUAUUGUCGCUAAUUAUGGCACAAACAACAUAGGUGUGUUGCUUGGUUAUGGGAAUGGCUCCUUCACAAGUGUCAAGUUUUUUUCAAUCAGUUAUGGAUCUCUUCCAUUCUCAAUUUCCGUUCAUGAUUUAGAUAAUGAUGGAAAAUUGGAUUUCGUCGUCGCCAACGAAGGUGCUGACAACUUAAACACUUUUUUACAGACCUGUUAA